AUGUAUAAAACACCUGCCAAACGUAUCAUUACAAAAGAACACUUGGAACAGUUUCUUCAAUCGGAGGCUUAUCAAACCUACAUUGACUACAUUGUACGCUUGAACGAUUCUGUUUGCGACCUUAAAAUCGACUCGGACAUCCAUGUCUCACCUAAUGUCAACCAUAUCCUCACCUUGCUUGAUACGCUGCUCAACUUCAUCAAGGAGAUCCCUGCUGUUGAAAACUCAAAGUCGCGAUUCGGCAACCCUGCUUUCCGAGACUUUUACGACCGAGUCGAAGCAUCCAUCACAGAUCUAUUGAAGCCCUUCGUACCUGAGGACGCCAUCGUAGAAGUGUCUCGUUACUUUGUUGAAAGUUUUGGCAACCGGCGACGUAUCGAUUAUGGCACAGGCCACGAAGCUAAUUUUAUGGCAUGGUUACUAUGCUUGGAAAAGUUGGGCGUGCUCACACCUGAGGAUGAUAAGGCAGUGGUUUUAAGGAUCUUUGUAAAAUAUAUUGCUGUGAUGCGACAACUUCAAUUUGAGUAUUGGCUUGAACCAGCAGGAUCACAUGGCGUUUGGGGUCUUGAUGAUUACCACUUUUUACCAUUCAUGUUUGGAUCAUCUCAGCUCAAGAACCACAAGUACAUUCGACCCAAAUCCAUUCAUGAUCAAGAUACUGUGGAAGAGUUUUCAAAGUCAUACAUGUACCUCGCUUGCAUCCAAUUCAUCAACCAAGUAAAAACAUCAGCAUCGCUACGAUGGCAUUCACCCAUGUUGGACGACAUCUCUGCAUGCAAAACAUGGAUCAAGGUGAACCAGGGCAUGAUCAAGAUGUACAAGGCCGAAGUACUAGGCAAAUUGCCGAUCAUGCAGCAUUUCAUGUUUGGAUCCCUUAUCAACUUUGAAGGAGGUGUUGACAAUGCUGAAGAAGACGAGGAUGAAUGUGGCCAUAAUCACCAUCAAGAUACCUUUGCAAAAGGACAAGAGUACCCCGAUUGCUGUGGCAUCCCUGUUCCCAGUGCUAUUGCAGCAGCUGCAUCUCGAUCACGUUCACAGAGACCUAUUCCUUUUGAUUAA